AUGCCCGCUCAACCACCCCUCCCACCCCUCCUUGCGCCCUACGUAUCUUCUCUACCGCAAUCGUCUCUCACAGUCCUAUCCUCCGUACUAGGCGCAACGGGGAAUUGGCUAGUGUUACGCUUCCUCUAUGCGGCGCUGAGUGCGCCUUCGAAUUCUGAGACAGCGUUUGGACUGAAUGGAAGCGAGGGGGUGAAGAAUAGAAAAGUUGUGCUUGUGAGUUUUCUGCGGGGCUGGGAAUUUUGGAGAUCCGAAGCGAAAAGACUGGUGAGUUUCUACCCCUCCAUGUGUAUCUUCUAUUGUGGCUUUGAAGGCUUGGACCUUGCACGUCUCACAGACAAGCGCCAAUUCGCAUUCGUCGAUGGACUAUCUGAACUAUUUUACAAUCCCACAACUGCCACAGCAACCCCUCGACCAUCAUUCCCUGGUACCGCCGCUCCUCGAACAGUGCUUCCCGUACGAUCCCAGCCGAGCCCUGUGCCAGCGCGAACCCCGCAACCUGUCCCGCGGCCGGGCAAUGUCAGUACAAACCCAGCUUCAAGGGAAAUCGGACCAGUCAAACGACUGCACCUAUCGGGCAAUGGCACCGCAGCUCUUGACGCCCUCGAAAGAGACAUCGCUACAGUAAUCAAACAAUUGAAAGCUCCUAUACCUGGCGAGGCAGAUGAACCCGAGGUUCUAUUGAUCCUCGAUCAACCAGAUUUGCUACUUGCGGCUACGGGUCCGAGUAAAGGUAUUGGGGCUACGGAGAUGGGAGACUGGGUCAUGGGAUUACAACAGAAUACUCAUGCAACGAUCUUGACACUCUCCUCCGAUUCACCGUUGAUACAUAAUGCAUCUGCCUCGGCUCCCCAACCGGCAACACCGUUGGAAACUGAGCAUGCAGCGUUCGCUAUAGGGUCGGCCCACAGGGCCCAGAUGGUCAUGCAACUCCGUAAUCUGGAGACCGGUGCCGCUAGGGAUGUAAGCGGUGUGCUAAGGGUCAGCAAAGGAGGUGCGUGGGGACAAAAUGAGGCAGGCGCAGAGGGCAGCUGGGAGGAGAGAGAAGUAUUAUACUUCGUGCAGAGGGAUGGAGGCGUCAGCGUGUUUGGCAGAGGGGAAUAG